ACCAGAAGAAGAAGAAGAAGAGGAAUUCAUGAAUGUGGUAAAGAGUGUUUUUUAAUCUGGAACCAGCGGUGGCAAUGAGUGUGCAUACUAAAGUAGUUAUUAUAGGAUGCGGGAUAUCGGGUAUAGCAGCGGCACAGAGGCUCAUUAAAGCCGGAUUUCAUCAUGUGCGGAUCCUUGAAGCGACUGCAAGAAGCGGAGGAAGAGUAAAAACAGGAAGACUUGGUGAUAGUAUUGUUGAGAUAGGUGCAAACUGGAUCCAUGGACCGUCCGAGGAGAACCCAGUGUUUUGUCUGGCCCGUCAGUAUGGGCUCCUGGAUCCAGAGGCCCUCACCGCAGAGAACCAGGCCAUGGACAUUGGUGGACAUCCCCCCUGGGUUUCCAACGUCUUCAGCAGUUCAGGCCGGAAGCUGGAUGCUGUGGACCUUUAUCCUGCUUUGGAGAUGUUUUCUGAGCUGCUGCAUGACUGUUCAGAAUUUCACAGUCAAGGAGGAGAACCCUGGGCCAGUGUGGGAGAUUUCAUACGGUCAGAGGUGAACCAACGAGCAGCAGAGAAGUGGAAAGAUAUCGAUGCAAACACCAGAUCUCUGCUACUGUGUGUGAUCAGCAGCAUGUUGAAGGUGGAGUGUUGUGUUAAUGGGACUCACAGCUUGGAUGAGGUGGGCCUGGGGGCCUUCGGCCUUUACAAGACUCUACCUGGACUGGACUGUACAUUCCCAGGUGGCUAUGAAGGUCUAAUCAAAAACUUGAUGUCGGAGCUCCCCAGUGGUUUGGUGACCUACAAUCGUCCUGUGCGCUGCGUCCACUGGAACAACUCAGAGAAGAGUGAAAGCCCUGUGAUGAUUGAGUGUGAUGAUGGGGAGAACAUCACUGCUGAUCAUGUUAUCGUCACAGUACCACUAGGAUACCUAAAGAAGCACCAUUCAACUCUGUUCCAUCCUCCUCUCCCUCUACACAAGCUGCAUUCUGUCCAGAGACUGGGCUUUGGAACGAACAACAAAAUAUUUGUGGAGUUUGAUUCACCGUGGUGGGAUGCUGACUGUGAGGUCAUCUACCUUGUGUGGGAAGACGAGGAUGCCAUAGUGGACCAGGUGCCAGAUGUGCAGAGAUCCUGGAUAAAGAAGCUGUUUGGCUUCACUGUGCUCAAACCCACUGAAAGGUAUGGCCAUCUUCUGUGUGGCUGGAUUGCUGGGCAUGAGUCAGAGUAUAUGGAGACACUGUCUGAACAGGAGGUCACACAUGCCGUCACACAACUUAUUCGUAGGUUUACAGGGAACCCCACCAUCACCCCGAGGAGAAUUCUACGCUCCCAGUGGUUUCACGACCCCUGGACAUGCGGAUCCUACAGUUACCCUGGAAAAGGCUGUUCAGUGCAGGACCUGGAGAACAUGAUGGAGCCCCUGCCUGCAAAGGGAUCACAGUCACAACCCCUGCAGGUGUUGUUUGCUGGAGAGGCUACUCAUUCCUGCUACUACUCCACCGUCCAUGGAGCUGUUCUCAGUGGGUGGAGAGAAGCUGACCGGCUCAUCUCUCACUACUCCUCUGUUGGUCCAUCUGUGCCUGCCAAGUCAAAGCUUUAAAACAACAAUGCUGCUUUGACGAAAAGAGAUUUAUCAGAUUUUAUAUCUAAAAUCCACAAUUUCUUCAUACAUUGAUCUCAGAGUUGAUUUGGAGGAUUGUGUGGGACCUGCUGUUUAUUUCAAUCACUCACUUAAAAAGUUCCCAGACGGUGGGUUGUGCUACUGUGCUGACCUUAUACUGUGGAAUUCAUUUCUUUAAAAUACAAAUGGACCUGCUUGGAAAUGUCAACUUGGAUCAAUACAGUAAUUAUAUUUUUAUUAAAAAAAAAAAAAAAAGGGUUAAAAUGAAGAAUACAGCUAUAAAUAUUAACUAAAGAGAGAACUUUGUAUAUUUUUUGUAAAGAAAAAUUAAGAAAUUAAUUUUGAAUUUACAUGCUAAGAAAUGUUGUAAAUUAUGAAAGUUUAUAAAUCUGCUUAAUAACGACUCAGUUAUAAGAACUAGUUAUGCUUAAUAAAAAUGUUUUCAGUCUGAGUAAAUUUUCACAUUUAUGUGCAAAACAUUUCAGAAAAUUCAUUUUCACUUAUUCCAGCGUCCCGUUACCAUUUUAUUGUUUAUAACACAAUAAGUUGCUUUGCCUUUUGCACUUGCACUAAUGUGAUUUUCAUAUUAUGAUUAAAUUGAAUGAUAUGGUGAAACAUACAUGAUCAUAGAAAAGUGCUGGACUGGAGAACAUAAGGGAAUUGUUGUUUGAAUUAAUAUCUUAUUAAAACUACAGGCCAAAGCUGACAAGUGAGAAACUUACUGACACAAAUGCCCCAAAAAUUACAUUUAAUGAGAAGAGAUAAGCAAACAAAGGCAGAAACACAAA